GUGGAACCAGGGGUGGCGCUCGAAAUGAACAAAGGCUGUGCCUAGUUAACGCUGAAUCAGUUUCAUCUCAUCUCAUUUCACUGCAUGCUCCAACGAUGCUCAGAAUAAACAACAAGAGCGGAGUGCUUACUUGUUUUAAAACCCUCAUCAACGACUCACGGUGUUUCUGCUCCUCUCUGCCCAAAGGAUCAGUUAAUGAUCAUUCGUCUUCAGAAACAGAAUCUGAUUACUCCCUUGGUCGAGGCCGCAUUGACAUUUCAAAAUGGGAGACUUUCGAUGCAAAGAAGCUUGGUAUUAACAGUUCUAUGAUUUCGAAACCGUCUCAGCUUGUCCUGAAACUUCUUAAAGAAAAAGGGUUUAAGUCCUACUUUGUAGGUGGAUGUGUGAGAGAUCUAAUAUUGAAUAGAAUUCCGAAAGAUUUUGAUGUGGUCACCACAGCAAAGCUUAUUGAGGCGAGGAAGCAGUUUGGUCGUCAUUCAGUUCGUGCUGUUGUUGUUGGACGACGUUUUCCAGUAUGCCUGGUUCAUAUAAGAGGUUCGGUAGUAGAGGUAACCAGUUUUGAGACAGAAGCAAAAACUUCCAAAGCAGUGGAAAAAGUGUUACACUCUCUGCUGCCCAAAUGCAAGAAUAAAGAAGACCGAUUUCUUUGCAAAAGCUCCUUGCGCAGGGACUUCACAAUUAAUAGUUUAUUUUAUGACCCCUUUGCCAAUAAAAUAUAUGAUUAUGCCAAUGGAAUGGCUGAUUUGAGGUCCUUAAAGCUAGAAACUGUGAUCCCUGCUCAGUUGUCCUUUAAAGAUGAUCCUGGGAGAAUUUUGCGUGGCUUCAGAAUUGCAGCUCGUCUAGGUUUAUCAUUAUCAAGGGAGACCGAGGCUGCAAUCUGGACAUGUUCUUCCCUAGUUAAGACCAUGAACAAGGAUAGAGUAAUGAUUGAAUUGAACUAUAUGCUGUCUUAUGGAGCUGCUGAGCCAUCUCUGCGCUUACUCUGGAAAUUCAAAUUGCUUCAAUUUUUGCUUCCGAGGCAUGCAGCAUAUCUCGACAAACAGGCUACUAAAGAAGAUGCUCUGGCUUCCAAUAUGUUGAUGCAAUUAUUCAAGCAUUUGGAUAAUUUGGUUGGAUGCGAUAGACCUUGUGAUUGCAUUCUAUGGAUUGGAUUGCUAGCGUUUCACCUUGCAUCAUUAAAAAACAGUCAAGAUGCUCUUGUGGUUUGGGCACUUGCUUCUGUUCUAUAUCAUGGAGAGUGGGAAGGAGGCAUUAAAUUUGCUAAAGAACGUGCAAAAAUGUGUGUUAAUUUUGCACCUGAAAUAAAGAGGUCCAGUAUAUGCAAAUCAGAUGAGGAAAUCGCAAAAGCAGUCACUAAAUUGGCAUCUUUGGCUAUUGACUCCUUACAUGGGCAGGCAUUCAUACCAAGGAAAACAGGGAAAGCUGUUUCUGAAAUUUUCGAAGUGCUGCUCAAUGAUAUUACAUUGUACAAGAGUGUAAGACAAAGUGAAAAGAUAAAUUAUGACAUGCUUGGGAGGGGCCAUAUUUCAGAGACUCGAUAUGUUUUGGGCAAAAUUGUUCUUGAAACUAUGCAUAGUGGAAUUGUUGGAGACGGGGAUGGUUUUGAGGCUGAAAAAUGUCACCUUAAGACUGAGGGCACCAAGGAUUUUGACCAAUUGGAGGGAACAAAAGAUAAAAGAAAGGUUUUAUCAACACCAAAUGUAGAGCACAAGCAAGAAAAACUCAAAAAACAGAAAUUGACCAAGAAUGCUUGCAUUGCAGAGCAGAAACUGGGCUCGGAUGAAUUGUUGAAGUACAGGGAAACCAAUGAAGAGCACCAAAAGAUUUUGACCAAGGAUUUUGAGGCUGAAAAAUGUCACCUUAAGACUGAGGGCACCAAGGAUUUUGACCAGUUGGUGGCAACAAAAGAUAAAAGAAAGGUUUUAUCAACACCAAAUGUAGAGCACAAGCAAGAAAAACUCAAAAAACAGAAACUGACCGAGAAUGCUUGCAUUGCAGAGCAGAAAAUGGGCUCGGAUGAAUUGUUGAAGUACAGGGAAACCAAUGAAGAGCACCAAAAGCCAGUUAAGUUGCACCGGAAGGUUGAUCUAUCUAUGAAAAAGAACUCUAUGGCAGAUAAUAAAAGCCGCCAUAGAAAACAGUUGAUAAAUGAUAGAAAGAAAAUUGCCGGUGCCAGUAAAAGUUCUACAGACCAUGCUAGGCAUCUGACGAAGGAUGAGCACUGUAUGCCAUCAAAAUCUACAAAGGCCCAGAAUCAGCAGGUGGUAGCCAAUAACCACAACAUAAAGGAAACCAGUGAAGAGAACCAAAAGCCAGUUAAUUUGCGCCAGAAGGUUGAUCUAUCUAUGAAGAAGAAAUCUAUGCCGAAUAAUAAAAGCAGUGAUAGAAAACAAUUGAUAAAUGAUAGGAAUAAAAUUGCCACUGCCAGUAAAAGUUCUACAGACCAUGCUAUACAUCUGAACAUGGAUGAGCACCGUACGUCAUCACAAUCUACGGUGUCUAAGAAUCAUCAGGUGAUGGCCAAUAACCACAGCAUACACGUGGAUGUAAAAACAGAUGAGUUGGCUGACAAAGUUGUUAACAAGAAAGGAAGACAGCAUUCGCAAGAAAGAAAGAAAAGUGUGCCAUCACUCUCCAGUCUCUUCAAGUAACGCAGAAGAUAAUAUAUUUCCUCCGGCAUAGUUUAGAGAUAGAAUAUGUAUUUUCGUCCUUCGUUGUAACAGGAAGCAGAAGAUAUAUUUGAUGUGGUUUUGGAUAGAAACAUAUUUGUAGUCUAAAACUAAGCAUUAUUUUUCUCUAGACUGUUCUUAUGCUCUUAUUGCUAAGACAGACACUUCUGGGGAAUAUUUUGCCAUCAUUGGGAUACAGAAUAUUAGAAUAUGAGGUAUAUCAAUUUACUAUUUAGAAGCUAUUUUUAUUAAUUAA